AUGAACACCUCAUCUGGAAGUGUGCCUCGAUCACAACGACAGACUCAGCAACAACACGUAAAUCUUUUUGGAUCGUCUGGUUCUACAUCAGCUCCACCAACUCCACGGAGCAGAAAAGGGGGCUGUCGACGACCCAAUCGCCGACCGAUUUCGUUCACCUCGAGACUCAGUGGAAGUCCUUGUUAUGCUGGUUCGAAAUUCAGUGAUUCACCGACAGCGCGUGCCAUUCCCUUACCACCUACAGAAUGGUUAUAUGAUGCCUACAAUACACAGUCUGACAAUACCUCAAUGGGUAGUAACGUUGGAGCUCAGGUUGAUAUGGAAACGAGUUCGACUUGCUCAAGUGCUCCGUCGUUGAAUGAUGUCGGAGAGGUUACUGUUCUUCCUGCAGAAUUGCAGAAAUCAGGUCUUCGUCCAUCGUCAGGAAUGCGUGUACAUCCGCUCCGUCUCAUCGCUGCUGUUUCUGCGUCUUAA